AUGGGAAAUUGCUGUGGAUAAUCCUCAAUUAUGGAGUGUCAUUCUCAAUAAAUAGUUACAAAAGAUCUAUUAGAUGAAGAAUAAAUGAAUAAGGCUGCAUUAACAAUUUAAUGUAACACAACUUUAUUAUAGCUUAAGCUUUUGUUCGAGGACAUUUGAUUAGAAAAAAACAUAAAAAUCAUAAAAGUAAUAGCGUAGCCAUUACAGCUACAAAUGAAUACAGUCAUUCAAACAAAUAGAGCAGAUAAGAAAUUUAAUUGGGUGAUCUAAAUAGGUUUAACUCUAUCUCAAAAGAGAGUAACAUACCUUAAAAUCUAAAAACAAUCGAAAAAGUACCAGAAAAACUUGAAGAUUUAACAAAAUCAGUAUAUUUAUUCUUUAAAUUUGAUUCCUUUUUUUAGGUGAGGAAAGGCCUACCCGAAUUCAUUUAUGAGGAUAGUUAAUAAGAACCAGACUUGAUAACAAGAGGACCUGUGCAAGAUGAACUUGAUCAUAUAUAUAUAGGUUAAUGGAAGGAUAAGUAUAACCCUUGGCUAUUUUAGUGCAAAAUGGGGUAAAGGAAUCUAAUAUUGGUCUGAUGGUUCUUAUUAUGAAGGAUAUUGGAGGGAUAAUAAAUAAAAUGGAAAGGGAAGACUUAUCCAUGUGGAAGGAGAUGUUUAUGAAGGUGAUUGGUAAGAUGACAAAGCACAUGGUUAUGUAAUUAAAUUAUCCAAUAUAUAAUAGGGUAAAUUGACAACUUCAAAUGGAGGAUAUUAUGUUGGAGAAUGGAUUAAUGAUAAAUAAAAUGGUUAAGGUAAAGAGAUGUGGCCAGAUGGAGCAAGUUUUGAGGGACAUUAUGUUGACGGCAUCAAAUUUGGUUAAGGGGUAUACACUGUUGCAAAUGGUUCUCAAUAUGUGGGAGAGUUUGCAGAUAAUUGUUUUUGUGGUUUUGGAACUUAUAAAUGUUCAGAUGGAACUAAAUACAUAGGAUAUUGGAAAUAAAAUAAAAUGAAUGGAUAAGGAGUAAUAUAUUUUAAAACUACUUAAAGGAAUUUUAUUGGAAGGAUGGUUCUAAGUAUGUUGGAGAAUUCCUUAAUGAUUUAAGAGAUGGAUUUGGUACUUUUUAUUAUGGUGAUGGAAGAGUAAGUAUUAAAAAUACAAUUUUAGAUUUAUAAAGGAUAAUGGAAAAAUGGAAAAAGACAUGGUAAUGGAACAUAUGUAGGGAGAAAAAAAGUGGAAAAAUAAGGCAAAUGGUAAAAUGGAAUCUUUGUAGUUUGGGAAAAAUAAUUUACAAACUCUUCUGUUGGUGACGAUGCUCUAUUUCAUUGA